GUAUGAAGCGCGCGUCGCGUGACUCCAUUCAAAAUUUAUAAUUCGCAAUUACUUCUCGAAACCCUGUAUUGACUUUUUUUUCUCUUCGGUUCUUCCAGCGAGCUUGUCGAAAAAGGAAACGGGAGACAUCGAAUUUCCGUCAUGAAAAUCCCGUUGAAGAGAGAGAGAAGCAGAGAGAGGAAAGAGAGAGAGAGAGAAAGAGAAGAAACCCAACACCGAUGAAUGAUGAAUGUACAGGCCAGGCCAGCCGCACUGCGUUGCGCCUUGUGCCUGCUCGUGCCCGCCGCGGCGAUGCGAACGACAUCGUGCGUGCGCGCGUGCAGUCCGGUAUGCUAUCCGCGCGUUAGUGCACGCAGUGCGGAGCAGUGCGGAACACGGUCGAUUGUGGACGACGACGUGUCUGUCGGUGCCGCGCCGUGUCGGGUAGUUCGGGUCGGGUGUUCGGGCAGUAUCGGAGUCAUCGGAGUACGCUGCUGCGAGCACGGCGCGGUGCGUAGCGCGUGUGUCGUAUUGUGCGUUACGCGGAACGUCGUACGCAUCAUAUACAUACGGUGUACAUUAUACUGGUCCCUUCGUACGCGCUCACGGUGAUCACACGCGCUGGCUGAGUGUUAUAAUAUCUCCUUUCUCUCUCGCUCUCUCGCUCCCUCGCUCCCUCGGCCUGGCGUGAAAUGUCAAGCGUCCUGCGUUACCAUGGGCUGAACCUCGCCGUGCCGUAGCUGUCAAAAGUGUCAGAAUCGCGCGCAAUCACGGAGACGACCGCGUGUCCGAGGGAGAGCGACAAGCGACGGUAACGGGAAAGCCCGAGUGAAAGAGGAAAGAGAGAGAGAGAGUAAGUAGAAUCGUUCGCUCGCUCGCUCGGCACUCUCGUUUCCUCCUCUUUUCCGCGUUCUUUUUCCCCGGAGCGACGGAACAAAGGGCUUUCGCCCGCGACCACGAGGAGGCGAGCUGCCGCCGCCGCUGCCGCCGCCGCCGCCGCCGCCGCCAACCGCCGAUCAAGAGCGAGCUCGUGCCGAUGUUCCAUCGCUCGCAGCGAUGGAGCCCGAGGAGCCGCUCAUGCAGGGGAUACUGCUGCUACCGCCGCAGGGAAUGCUAGGCCAGCUCAAGAAAACUUGGCACAAGAGAUUCUGCCAGCUUUUCAGGACGAGCAACUACGGGAUCAAACGCGUCGAGAUCUACGACAGUCAGGAAGAGGCGAUACUGCAGUCCCACUCUCCACGCAUCGUCACGUUGGACGCCUGCAUAAAGAUCAAGCCCAGCAAUCAGUCGCACGUCUUUACCGUGGUGACUAAGUCAGGAAUACAUUACUUUGGCUGUUACUCGGAGAUCGAGAUGGCUCACUGGAUCUCGGCGUUCCAAUUAGUCGCGUUCAAGGACAGUGUGUCGAAUCAAAUAGAGGAGAACAACGAUCUGUAUUGCACCAGCGGGGAGGGCGUAUUCUCCGUGAAAGUCGUAGAAACGGAUGCGUCUAAGCGGUGCGGACUGGAGUCGAGGAACUACACCUUGGUAGUCGCCGCCGUGGACAUGAAGCUGAUGGACGGCGACAUCGUUCUUUUCACGUGGCCAUACAGGUACAUCAGGAGGUACGGAUACAGAGAUGGAAAGUUUAUUUUCGAGGCUGGAAGGAAGUGCGAGUCCGGCGAGGGUUCCUUUCGCCUGGAGCACGGUAGCCAACAGGAGAUCUUCCGCUGCAUAUACGCCAAAAUGAAAUCCAUGAAGAAACUGCUGGACGAAGAAGGUAAUCCAAACAUAGAAUGCAACGACAAUCAAUUCCAGGCAGCCUUGUCUAUGGAGGCUGGCUCCAGAGCGGCUUUACCUCCCUCUUCGAACAAUUCUUCCAGCAAUUUGAUCGAUAUAGAUUUUUCUACUACGCAAAGCUCUCAGAAACCCCUGACGACGUCGUCGUCGAGUAUGGAUUCUACGUUUUCGUCGAGCAGGUCGAUAAACAAGUCCAAGCCCGCCAAACCACCACGAAAAUAUGUCUUCGCUAAUAUACUGGAGAAAAAAAAUCUCGACUCUUCGGAAUUCCUAGAUUUGCCCACAUGCGGGGAAUAUAGAACUAUAAGCCAAGGUAAUUCGCCGGAAUUAUCUCACAAGUCCAUCGGCAGUGUUACGCGUGAGACUGAGGAGAAACACUCGUACGAUUUAGUGGAGAUUAGGAAUGACGCUUGGAAAACGCACGGCAUCGAUAGCGUGCAUCAUACGGAAAGAGUAAACUCGGAUCUACCUGGCGAGAGAGAUAAGGAGAACGAUAGUGACGAGAUGCAAUACGAGAUCAUGAUGCCGAUACGGAAUCACGAUGCAUUCCAAAAUUCGUGCAAGAGUAAAUGCGGUGCUACCGACGUAAUUGUCACGUCGCCGACGAUACCAAGUGUCGUCAAGACAGACGAAUCGGAUUACGAUAAAUUAGAACACUUUGGAUCCGCAACGAAACUUAGUCAGAAGCCUACGUAUAAGUAUACGAAUUCCUCGCAAAGCAUACAUUCCAACGUCUCUCACGGGGAAAGUUCUAAUCUUAUUAAUCCGACGACGUGGUCUAAUUACGACAUCGUCGAGGACAUGUCCGCCAUCAGGCUGGCAGACGACAGUCAUCUCGGUUACGGGAUUAUCCGAAAGAAGCAGGAUCUUUCCGAGACAGUUUCCACCGGUAAUACCGCGGGUAAUCCGCAGCAUAAAGUAUUCAACAACAGCGAAUAUGCAAUUGUAUCAAAACCAAAAAGGGUGUGAAUUACCCGUGAAUUCGAGUAUCCUUUCAAAGUACGACGAUCAUGCCACACAAAUUUGCCUUUACAAAAUUCUAUCUUUUCGUAAUUAUUUGUAAGGAUAUGGAGAGAAUAAUAUGCUAGUCUAUACCGCGUGGUAAAAAUAAAAGUAUUUCUUUUGCUUUAUAAAACGAUUGACACGUUGCAAAACUAUAAAAACGACGUCAUUACUUUCGCAUUAUCACAUUAUUUGUCCAACAUUUUUAUUUGCUUUUUUAUAUCAUUUUUAGAGACUAGUCUUCUUAUCUGCUGUUACAGAUACGACGUCUAGAAAAGUGUAUAAACAUCCAAAAAUUCGCAUUAGACGCAUUUGUGCCUUCUUAUGAAAGAUAUUCUAGUAAUGAUUAGGAAAGCUCAAAGUGAUUAGUAUUUUAUCGAACUGCAUUCGACUGAUAUAUCAAAAUACCUGUAUAGUGUGCCUUAUAGAAACGAAAAUAUUUUAAUUGAUACCAAAAUGACACUAAAUCGUUGUGAACGUGCAUGCGCGUUGAAGUUUCUUGAUAUUUGAUUAUACGUAUUGGUGUACUUAGAAAUUUAUUACACAUACAUUUACACAGUCAUAAUUUUCUAUUAUUAUUCUACUUUCACAAUCAUUGUAUCAUUGUUAUCGCUUUUACUCUAUAAUUAUUGUUAUAAUAUAUAUAGAGAUAUAUAUAGAAUUCACAAGUUUACAUCUAUUAAUUAUAGUUUUAAACAAUGCGCGCGGGAACACGUUCAUUCUAUGCAGGCAUGUUAUAAACUUGACUGUUGAUUCAUUUAAACAAUGCAAAACUUGAUAUAAAUAUGUACAUAAUUUGAUACAAAUGCUUUCGUAAAAAGAUAAAUGUAUCAUCACAAUUGGAUAAAGUUAUAGAUAUUUAACAUUAUAUGCUGCCGCAAUUUUAUAUAUAUGUAUGUAUAUGCAUAAUGAAUAUUAGUGCUUUCAAUCGAGUCGAUCAUUUGCCUUAAUAUAGAUAUUAAUCUUGUGAGAAUCAUUGGAUUUUUGAAAAAUCCUGAAUAUUAAAAGUACAAAAAAAAACUGAUUUUAUUGAAUAAAAUUGUAAUAGUAUGUAUAUUAGAAAUAUAUAUUAUAUAUCAACAAUGAGACAAUAAUAGAUAGGCUAUUAUCUAUUUGUACAAUAGAAACCACACUAUUAUUCAUUAUGCUCAAAUUGAUGACCAUAAGUCAUACGCAAUAAUGAUAUAUGUAGGAAUAAAUAGCUAUGAUCUUUUAUAUAUUUUUUUUAUUUACAGAAUCUUUUUACAAAAUUGUAUAAAGUACCAUAGUGAUUUUAAAAAUUUGUUGAGAAACCGUUUAUAAUAAUGUCUUUGUGCCAAACAAAUGGUCUACCAUUGAUUGAAAUGUCGAUUAAUAUAUAUAUACAUAGAUGAUUAUUGAUAAGAACUGCGUCAAUCAAUGAAUUUUGGAAUAUAUUGAACGGACAAGUGAAAACUAUUUUCUAGAACAAGUAUUGUUAAUUUUAGCAGAUAAAUCAAGAAUAUAUUUUAAAAAAAUGA